UCUAUAUCCGUAUUACAGAUCCAUGCACUCGAGGAGCUAAUAUGUCCUGAGUUCCCUCUUCCUUUACUCAAAGUGGAGUAAAUGGUUUAGAGAAGGUUCUCAAGCUUAUAGAUAACACAGAUGGAACAUAUUCUGUGAGUUUCGCUUUAAAUCACAUUGGAGAUACAACUAUAUCAGUGGUUCAGUCAAAACAUCAAGAUAUAACUGGUGAAUAUUACAACUCAGGGACCAUCUCUGGUACUCCAGAUGUCACAAACACAACAGCACUCAUCAAUUUCACAUAUGCACAUGGGCAGGACAUCACUCCUGGUCAUCCUGAUUGGGUGGCUGCUCGCUUCACUGGGAAGCUCACUCCCUUUCAGUCUGGGACUUGAAACAUAACAUUACUUCAAGAUGAUGGAGCUACUCUCAAAAUAAAUGGAGUGGCCCAAAUCAGCAACUAUGGAAUUGGUAUGUUUGGAUCAACAAUAUUUUCUUAUAAUUUCAAUGCAUUCGAAACAUAUGACCUUGGUAUCGACUGGAUGGAAAAAACUGCUGGAGCUGCCUUGGUGCUCUCAUGGGAUUGAGGAGCUGGAAGCGUGCUCAUUUCUUCAGUAAAUUAUGCAUCUACUGAUGAUAUUGGAGGAAGCCCUUUACAAAUCUCUGUUGGGUGUCCUGACAAAUAUGAACAAGUUCCAUCAACUACUGACCAGUGAAGACCCAAGUGUGGAGAUGGGUUUGUCAUCAGCCCGGAAGUCUGUGAUGACCACAACACCAACAAUGGCGAUGGCUGCAAGUCUGAUUGCACUGCUAUGGAAUCAAACUGGGCUUGACCAGGAGGUUCUUCUACAACUAAAAGUGUAUGAACUGAAUGCACACAGGGUCUUUACUUGAACAAUCCAUCAAAUCCUACUGAAUGAGUGGCUGAAUGAGGAGAUGGAUACAGAGUUGGCUCAGAAGCUUGAGAUGACGGUAAUAAUAUCGAUAGUGAUGGCUGAUCUUCUGAUUGAAAUGAAAUUGAACUUGCUUGGAAAUUUUUACUCUCUGCUCUAUUGUUAUUCUAA